CAAGCGGCAAAGGCGGCUUCCGCGCGGCUAGCGGAGGUAACUUCAAAGAAGACCGCCGUUCAAGGCACUGUUGAUGAAUUGGAGGCCCUGGUAGCUUCCCAGAACUCGAAAUUCGGCAGUCUCGUGCAAAAACACCGAAGUCUCGUAGAGCGCUGCCAGCAGCAACAACAAAGAAAACAACUUCUGGAAGACGAACUUAAGUCCUUUUCAAUCGAGUUGGCUCGCAUUGAGGCCUCCAUACCGCCGGCAGUGGACAAGUUUAACAUGUUGGCCAGUACCCUUGCUGUAGGUCAUUCAGUUCUUCUAACAUUUAAAACUGCUCCCCCCCCUCGCGCCUGCCUUGUCACAUUAUUGCCCUCUUUACUUGAUACGUUUAUUGAUAGAGUUUCGCCCUCCUGUUGUACUAGUCUUGCCCUUGUGGGAUCAGGACCAGGUCGCGUGUGUGGUACGUGUAGACGGACAGUUAUUCUUUGCCGACCACGGUAG